UGUCACAUGACCAAAACAAAUGGCAGCCUCCACGAUUGCAAACUUGAAGAACUUUGUUAUGUCAAAUAACUCAAUAAUGGUUUAGUUUUAAAACUUUUUAAUUGAAUAUGAUGGCCAAAGAUGGUUUACUCAACAGUUCCCUCAACUUUGAUAGGGUUGUCGAGUUUCCUCAACUGAAAGAUUCUGUGUAUGUUGACCAUGCUGGAACAACAUUGUACAGUAAAUCUCAGAUAGAGGCUCAUCAUAAAGAAUUGCUUAGCAACCUGUAUGGUAAUCCACACAGUCGUAGUCAAAGUAGUCGGUUAACAACUGAUGCCAUUGAUCAAAUUAGAUACAGGGUUUUGGAGCUGUUUAAUACUACAAGUGACGAGUAUACAGUUAUAUUUACAUCAGGUUGCACUGGUGCACUCAAGCUUAUCGCAGAGUCCUUUGACUUUUACACAGAAAACAGUUGCCAUGGGAACAAAAAGCAAGUAAGGGAAAUAGAAAUAUGUGACAAAGAGAAAGUUGAUGAUCCAGGAAAUCAUGAGUUCAAGGUCAAAGCAGGAUGCUUUGCAUAUUUAUUAGAUAACCACACUUCUGUACAGGGGAUGAGAGAAAUUGUAAAUGCAGAGGCCAUUUUAUGUGUUGAAGAAACUACAGAUGAAAAUUUUAAGAUACAUCAUGUUAAACAAGGGGAAAGGAAAGAAGGAAACUCACUGUUCAUAUAUCCAGCCCAGUCUAAUUUUUGUGGCCGUAAAUAUCCAAUGAAAUGGAUUGACAAAAUACAUAAAGGUCAAUUGCCAUUUCAGAGGUCGUUUCCAGGGAAAUGGUUUGUUGUUCUGGAUGCAGCAUCUUAUGUCAGUACAAGUCACCUUGACCUUAGCCUGAACAAACCUGAUUUUGUCUCACUUUCAUUCUACAAAAUAUUUGGAUUUCCAACUGGAAUUGGAGCUUUACUGGUGAAAAAUGAGUCAGCAGACGUUCUGAAGAAAACAUAUUUUGGUGGUGGUACUGUUGGAGUUAGCUCCCCUACUGAAUGUAUCCAUAUCAAUCGUUCCAGUUUAUCUGACAGGUUUGAAGAUGGCACAGUACCAUUUUUAGAUAUAAUAGCAUUAAGACAUGGCUUGGAUUCUCUCAAGAACCUUGGAGGUGGAAUGAAGUCCAUAUCUAGACACACGUUCAUUGUGGCACAGUACUUCCACCAUUAUCUUCACAGUCUUCACCAUGGAAACAGCCAACAAGUAGCAGACAUUUAUUGUCAUGGAGAUUUUUCAGAUCCAUCAACACAAGGACCAAUUGUGAACUUUAAUCUUAAAAGAUCCAAUGGUAGUUAUAUUGGAUUUGCUGAGGUAGAUAAAAUGGCCCAGUUAUAUAAUAUACACUUGAGGACUGGUUGUUUCUGUAAUAUAGGAGCCUGUCAGAAAUACCUAGGACUAACUUCAGAACAAAUCAAAGAUAAUUUUGAGGCAGGUCAUGUGUGUGGUGAUGACAGAGAUCUUAUAAAUGGUAAACCAACAGGAUCUGUCCGCAUAUCAUUUGGUUAUAUGUCUACCAUUGAAGAUGCUCAACAUUGUCUAACGUUUAUAUGUGACUGUUUUAUGGAAAAUAAAAACAAACCAAAUUUUGCUCAAGAUGUACACUCCAAACAGAAUAAAUGCUCUGUGAAUAAAACUCUAGAUUCUGUGAUAACUGAGGAACAGUCAGAUGUGUCUGAUUGUUUGUCAUCUAGUGUGCAAUCUAUGAUAUCCAAUGAAAAACAAGAUAAUGAACAAUGUGAUCUUACCUUAUGCUCAAGCAAAUCUUCUGAUCAAAAGACAGAUUCUCAUUGGACAAAAGACUUGCAGUUAGUUCUGCUGACAUGUUCACCAGCCAAUCAUGUUGUAACAAAUAUUUUCCUCUAUCCUGUUAAAUCAUGUGGUGCUUUUGAGGUAAGAGAUUGGGAGAUUUGUGAAACAGGACUUAAGUUUGACAGAGAAUGGAUGAUUGUCUCAGAGAGUGGUGUAACCGUCAGUCAGAAGAGGGAACCCAAACUUUGUCUCAUUAAACCUCAAAUUGAUCUAGUCAGAAAAUGUUUAAUUCUUAUGUAUCCAGGUAUGUGUUCAGUAACAGUUCCUUUAGACAGCAGUGACCAAGGUCAAGGUCAGCAAUCCAUCUUACCAUGUGUUGGGAAAGUGUGUGGAGACAGAGUAACUGGUGUAGACUGUGGAGAGGCUGUUGGACAGUGGAUCAGUGAGGUACUAGAUAAACCAGGAUGUAGACUUAUACAGCAAGAUAGAACAAGGUCAAGGAAGUGUAAACUGGAUAAAACAUCUAAUGAUACAGAAAGUAUUUCCAAACUUUCCUUAGCCAAUGAGUCCCAGUAUUUACUGAUAUGUAGAACGAGUAUUGAAGAUUUACAGCACAGAAUUCAACAGAAUGAAGAGAAUCCUAAUUUUGAAGUGGAGAAUCUGAUAAACAGAUUCCGUGCUAACAUUGUUAUAGGUGGUGGCCUAGCUUUUGAAGAAGACAGUUGGGCUACAGUUAAGAUUGGAAAUAACAAAUUCUUGAGUCAGGGUGGUUGUACUAGAUGUCAGAUGGUCUGUCUAGAUCAGGACACUGGGGAACGAAGUAAGGAACCUCUGAAAACAUUAGCAGCAUGGAGGGGCAAGAAGAUUCCCUUUGGAAUCCAUCUAAGACAUGAUGAUUCUGCUGUUGGGGAGAGAAUACAUGUUGGAGAUCCACUGUUGGUUAAAUAAUAAAGAAAUUACACUUAUGAUGAGAUAUGUGUGACAAUAUGGAUUUUAUAUGUUUAUCAUGUGAUAACUAGGAUUGAUCUUUGUAUCUUGACUACCCAAUUGUGCCAAAAUUAUUAAUGAUAUAUUUUGAUUGUUACUUAUUUUUAAAAAUCAUGAAGAACGUUAAAUUAUUUCAGGGAACUUUAUAAAUAUUUAGUCAGAUUUUUGUUUUGUUAUAUGCUACAUUUGUUA